UAUUAAAAAAGGAUCCACACACAUUACAGUUUUUCAACUUACCUCUCCAAACACCCCCCUUUCACUUUGAUCUCUAAGUUUCAACCUGAAAACAUGGCUGCAGUCACCCAAGCCCCGGUUGCGGCGUUUAGGCCGUGUGCUACCCGAACCAGAUUCCUAACUGGCUCAUCAGGGAAGUUAAACAGAGAACUAUCUGUUAGACCUGCCAAUACUUGCUCAUCUGCUUCUUUCAAGAUUGAAGCUAAGAAGGGUGAGUGGCUACCCGGAUUAGCCUCACCCGGUUACUUAAACGGAAGUCUUCCUGGUGACAACGGGUUCGACCCAUUAGGACUAGCGGAAGACCCCGAGAACUUAAAGUGGUUCGUGCAAGCCGAGCUUGUAAACGGGCGGUGGGCCAUGUUGGGUGUUGCAGGAAUGUUACUGCCUGAGGUUUUCACAAGCAUAGGCAUACUAAAUGUUCCUAAGUGGUAUGAUGCAGGAAAGUCAGAAUAUUUUGCAUCGUCUUCAACCUUGUUUGUGAUCGAAUUCAUUUUGUUCCACUAUGUUGAGAUCAGAAGAUGGCAAGAUAUUAAGAACCCAGGAAGUGUUAACCAAGAUCCAAUCUUUAAAAGCUACAGCUUGCCUCCUAACGAAGUCGGGUACCCUGGUGGCAUAUUCAAUCCCCUUAACUUCGCACCAACCCCCGAGGCCAAGGAGAAAGAGCUUGCUAAUGGGAGAUUGGCGAUGUUGGCGUUUUUGGGGUUCAUUGUUCAACACAAUGUGACUGGAAAGGGGCCAUUCGAUAACUUAUUGCAGCACCUGUCAGACCCAUGGCAUAACACCAUUAUCCAAACUUUGUCUGGAAAGUAAAGAUCUCAUAGCUAAUAAAAAGGAAACAAAGUAUCUGUUUUGUUCUGUUUGUGAACUCUAUGAGUGUAUGGGUUGUGACCCUAGAUCUAAGCUUUGUCAUUAAUGUACAGGGGAAUAUGAGAUGGUAAUUUAUGAUUUAUUUGAACUA